GAAAGAAGGAUUGUCCAAGUGUGGAAGAUGUAAACAGGCCUUUUAUUGCAAUGUGGAAUGUCAGAAGGAAGACUGGCCAAUGCACAAGCUAGAGUGUUCCGCCAUGUGCGCUUUUGGGCAGAACUGGAAUCCCUCGGAGACCGUGAGGCUAACGGCGAGGAUCCUUGCCAAACAGAAAACUCACUCUGAAAGAACUCAGUCAGAGAAGCUGCUUGCUGUAAAAGAGUUUGAAUCACACCUUGACAAACUAGACAAUGAAAAGAGAGAGCUGAUUCAGAACGACAUUGCUGCUCUUCAUCACUUUUACUCAAAGCACUUGGAGUACCCUGACAAUGCUGCCCUUGUAGUUCUCUUUGCACAAGUUAACUGUAACGGCUUCACAAUUGAAGAUGAAGAACUCUCUCAUUUGGGAUCAGCCAUAUUUCCCGAUGUUGCCUUGAUGAACCAUAGCUGUUGCCCAAAUGUGAUUGUAACUUACAAGGGGACCUUGGCUGAAGUCAGAGCUGUUAAAGAGAUUGAGCCUGGAGAAGAGGUUUUUACCAGCUAUAUUGACCUAUUGUAUCCCACAGAAGACAGAAAUGACCGGUUAAGAGACUCGUAUUUCUUUAAUUGUGAUUGCAGGGAGUGCAUUACAAAAGAAAAGGAUAAAGAGAAACUGGAAAUCUGCAAGCUGAAUGAUCCUCCAUCAGCAGAGACAGUACGGGACAUGAUCAAAUAUGCCAGGAACGUGAUUGAGGAAUUCAGGCGAGCCAAACACUACAAAUCUCCUAGUGAAUUACUGGAGAUCUGUGAACUUAGCCUGGACAAGAUGGGUGCAGUGUUUGAAGACAGUAAUGUUUAUAUGUUACAUAUGAUGUACCAGGCCAUGGGUGUCUGUCUCUACGUGCAGGACUGGGAAGGUGCACUGCGUUAUGGGCAAAAAAUUAUCAGACCGUACAGUAAACAUUAUCCCUCCUACUCGCUGAAUGUUGCCUCCAUGUGGCUGAAAUUAGGGAGACUGUAUAUGGCACUGGAGAACAGAACGGCUGGAGUUAAAGCCCUGAAGAGGGCAAUUGCUAUCAUGGAAGUAGCACACGGGAAGGAUCAUCCAUACAUUUCAGAGAUCAAAAAGGAAUUAGAGGACCACUGAGCUUUUGAAUCUAUGCAAUCCUUCAAACCUUUAUUUAAAAAGCCUUGUUAUGGAAACCUUCAGGAGCGCUUUGAAAAGCGGUAGAGUAUGAACACAGUUCUGUCCUAUAAUUGGAAUGACAAACACACUUAGGCCUUGCAAAAUGUUCCUAGCCUCCACACAUCUACGAUUGCUUUUUUUUUU